AUGGCGCGGGUGGUUCCAUACACGGUGGAGCGGACAGUGGAGGUGGCUGCUCGGCUACGUCUCCUCUUCUUUUCAAGUGUAUAUACUUGUGGUGGGAAGGUUGUUGAAAGUGCAAGAGCUCUCAAGGAAGAUUUACUUUUAGACUGCCUCUCCUCCGUUUCCGUUCUCUGCCUCUCUCCCUCUGUAGCGGGCACGCGAGGUGGUGCCAAGGUAGGUUUUGUGUUUGUUUUUGUGAUCCCCUCCAGCAUAAAAGCGAAGGAGAACAAAAGAUCCAGAUCUUGCAUACUGGGAUCUUACGGACGACAACAAGAAGAGAAACCGAUUCAGGUGAUAUCAACAGGAGAUACUUCGACUAUGAACGACGACAUCUCCUGUGUUCCUCCGGGUUUCCGGUUCCACCCCACCGAUGAAGAACUGGUAGGCUACUAUCUGAGGAAGAAAGUGGCUGCAAGAAAGAUCGAUUUGGACGUAAUAAAAGACGUCGAUUUAUACAAGAUCGAACCUUGGGAUCUUGAAGAGAUAUGUAAGAUCGGAGCAGAAGAGCAGACUGAGUGGCACUUCUUUAGCCACAAAGAUAAGAAGUAUCCGACUGGAACUCGAACGAAUCGAGCAACAGCAGCUGGAUUCUGGAAAGCUACGGGAAGAGACAAGCCGAUCUACUCCGUGCGUCGCUUGAUCGGGAUGAGAAAGACCUUGGUCUAUUACAAGGGUCGAGCACCGAACGGGCAGAAGUCGGAUUGGAUCAUGCAUGAAUACCGGCUGGAGACGAACGAAGAUGGAACUCCACAGGCAAGCAUUUCCUUUUUGUGCUUCGCGAUCUCUCACGGCAAAGAUUUUAAGUUCCAGCAUACGUUACGUGCAUUUUCUUUGUGAUGUUUCUUCUUCGUUAUCCGAAAUCCCAACACCACUUUUGCUGCUCUCUUUGGAUCUUAAUCAACAAAGACAAUGCAACAACAACAAGCUCAUGAUCAUAUCAUAUCCUCUGACUUCAUAUUACAGGAAGAGGGUUGGGUGGUGUGUAGGGCGUUCAAGAAACGAAUGCCUACUGCAAGAAAAGCGAGUGAUGAAUUGCUGCCAUGGUACGAUGAACAAGCUUCCUUCAUGCAAGACAUCUACUCCCCAAAGAGGACUAUUCCGCAGGCAGACAUAGGAUAUCACCACCAACUCUACCCCCACAAGAGAGAGAUAAAGCUGCAUCACCACUCACCACAUGAAGCUUGUCACCAACUCCCACCAUUGGAGAGCCCUAAGUUCCUCAACUACCUAAAUCAUGAAAGCUCUCUGCAACGAUGCAUCAUCUCAGAGAAUGAAGUUUUGCAACCCGGCCACCGAUUCGGGGAAAUCACGACCUGCAACGACAAUGAAAAUACAAGUCGAGCAUCAGAUCAAAUGACAGAUUGGAGGGUCCUCGACAAGUUCGUCGCGUCUCAGCUUAGCCAUGAUGUUUCAAGAGAGCCUAUUUACUCGGAUGAAGCUAAUAUUCUUCAACCUCCUGUUGAACAACAAGUUGUUGGAGUGGAGCUUCCGCUGGCAUCAGCUUCAAGCUGCCAAAUCGAUCCAUGGAAAUGAAACGAGAAGAUGAUUAAUUGAAUUAGAAAUAUAUACGUAGCAGGCAGGUCCUCUUGUUUUGCUACAACAGUAUAAAUCAUGUGUGUCAU